CUGCGGGCAGAUCAGCGGCGCCGCCGGAGCUCACUGACUCGCUCACUCAGUCAGAAACACUAAACAGGUGGUCGGGACUGGAGCGCUCGAGCCGUGCUGCGCAAACGGCCACCAUGGAGAAGCGGUGAAGCCAGCGCUCGGCUCACAUUGUUUCAAUAAACUCUCUGGGUCCUGAAGAACAGCAUUUGGGAUUUAUUUGGAUUCAUUCCUUUCCUAUUUGUCGUGCCGGGAUUAUCUUGUUUUUGCCUGUGGAUUGAGGCGAUCGUUUAAGAGUAUGAAAGUGACGGUGUGUUUCGGUAGGACCCGGGUGGUGGUGCCCUGCGGUGACGGCAAUAUCAAAGUACACAACCUUAUCCAACAGGCCGUCAUGAGAUACAAGAAAGCCAUUGCUAAGGGUCCUGGCUACUGGCUGCAUGUUCAUCGUCUGGAACACAGUGAAGGAGGCAUCCUAGACAUUGAUGACGUUUUAUGUGAUGUGGUGGAUGAUAAAGAUAGGCUUGUGGCUGUAUAUGAUGAGCAAGAUCCACAUCAUGGCGGCGAUGGCACAAGCGCCAGCUCCACAGGCACUCAGAGCCCCGACAUGUUUGGAAGUGAGCUUAGCUCAGCUUUCCAGCCUUAUCAGGUUGCCAGUGAGAUUGAGGUCACACCAUCAGCUCUUAGAGCCAGUAUGCCACUCCAUGUACGUCGCAGCAGUGAUCCAGCACUUAUUGGUUUGUCAGCCUCUUUCACUGAAUCUACACUUCCUGCUGAAGAGCCUUCUCGAAAAAAUCCUACACGCUGGUCUACGACUGCUGGCUUUCUCAAGCCAAACACACAAGGCUGCACACAUAGUUUGGAAAGGAAGAGAGGAGGCAUGGAUUCUUAUAGAAGCUUGCCACGAGAUGCUGGAAAUUGGUCUAAUCAGUUUCAGAGGGAAAAUGCCCGCUCCUCACUGAGUGCCAAUCACCCAAUGGUGGAUAAAUGGUUGGAAAGACAAGAACAGGAGGAAGAGGGAGUGGAGGCAGAGAAUGGUCGGAUUGAUCCUGUAGGCCGUGCAGAUUCCUGCUUGGAACACAACUCCACACUGUCUCUUGAUGAUAUGCUAAAGCUGGUGGAAGUCUCCAACAGUGGUGGGCCUCUGGGAAUCCAUGUUGUACCUUUCAGUGCCCGAGGUGGAAGGACCCUGGGGUUAUUAGUGAAACGGCUGGAGAAAGGCGGCAAGGCUGAACAGGAGAAUCUGUUUCAUGAGAACGAUUGUAUCGUGCGGAUUAAUAACAAAGACCUGCGCAACACCAGAUUUGAACAAGCUCAGCAUUUAUUUCGCCAGGCAAUGCGAACACCCAUCAUUUGGUUCCAUGUGGUUCCAGCUGCAAAAAAGGAAAAAUAUGAAGUCCUUUCCCAAAGUGAGAAGAACAUACCAUCUUACCAUGGUCGUUUCAGUCCAGACUCUCAGGAAAGUGAAAGAGGCAGUGCAGGUAGUGGCUUAGACCACACACCACAGAAGAUAUCCCGGCCUGGGAGUCAGCAGGAUCAAACCGAUUCCUAUUCUCAUCAUCCCCAUAACAGCAGCCCUUCUGGAAAACCCCCGCCAGGCAUGCCACCAUCACCACAUAGAGUGAUUGGCUCCACAGCAGCAGAUCGAGGGUACAAUCUGAAGAGGAUUGGUAGAAAGCUCAACAUUCAGCUGAAAAAAGGUCCAGAGGGAUUGGGUUUCAGUAUCACAUCUCGUGAUGUUCCAGUUGGUGGGUCUGCACCAAUUUUUGUAAAAAAUAUUCUUCCCAGAGGAGCUGCAAUUCAAGAUGGUCGACUGAAAGCAGGGGACAGGCUUUUAGAGGUAAAUGGUGUUGACCUGAAUGGUAAAACACAGGAGGAAGCUGUUGCUCUAUUAAGAGGUACAAAGAUGGGAGGAACUGUCAAUUUGAUAAUUCUUCGACAGGAGGAAGCAUUUUUACCACGGGAAUUGACUUCAGAACCAGAUCAGAUGCAAAACCCCAGAGAAUCAUCGAGACUGACAGGGAGGAAAAUGGUGUUACCUGCAGAGGCACCCUGGCCAAAUGAGAAGACUGAAGAAGAUGAUCUUGUUCUCACACCAGACGGAACCAGAGAAUUUUUAACAUUUGACAUUCCCUUGAAUGAUUCGGGAUCUGCUGGCCUUGGAGUGAGUGUUAAAGGCAACAGAUCGAAAGAGAAUCAUGCCGACUUGGGAAUCUUUGUCAAGUCAAUAAUCAAUGGAGGAGCAGCAUUUAAGGACGGUCGACUUCGAGUGAAUGACCAGCUUAUAGCUGUGAACGGGGAAUCAUUGCUGGGGAAAGCCAAUCAAGAUGCCAUGGAAACACUGCGGAAGUCUAUGUCAGUUGAAAGCAACAAGCGAGGGAUGAUCCAGCUCAUUGUUGCCAGGAGAAUAACAAAGCGAAAUGAGCUCGAUGCACCUGGAAGCCCCCCUGGUCCAGAUCUUGCCAUGGACACCUCGUUAGAUGAUAGAGAGCGCAGAAUUUCGCAUUCUUUAUACAGUGGGAUUGAUGAUCCUCUCCCACAGAGGACUACCAUGCCAGGAAGAAUGAUGGGUAAUUACCAGCUGUCUCCCACAGUGAACAUGCCUCAGGAUGACACUGUCAUUAUUGAAGAUGACAGACCGCCUGUCCUUCCAGCUCGCCUCUCAGACCAGUCAUCUUCCAGCUCUCAUGAUGACAUGGGCUUUGCCACAGAUGGGACAGGCUCUUGGGCCAAAGAUAUACAAGAGCAGAAUGAAUGCACACUAAGCCCUGAUGUUGACCCAGACAAUACCUUCCAGAGAGAGGGAUUUGGACGUCAGAGCAUGUCGGAGAAGAGGACCAGGCAGUAUGCAGAUGCCAAUCAACUGGACUUCAUUAAAACAAGGAAAUCAAAAAGCAUGGAUUUAGUAGCUGAUGAGAUUAACCUCAGUCCUCGAUCUGAGAAGAGCAAAGGUUCCCCAACCAGAGAUGUUGGUCCAUCUCUUGGCCUAAAGAAAUCAAGUUCUCUCGAAAGCUUACAGACAGCCGUUGCUGAGGUCACUUUGAAUGGUGAUAUCCCAUUUCAUCGGCCGCGGCCUCGUAUAAUCAGAGGAAGGGGCUGCAAUGAAAGUUUCCGAGCAGCAAUCGACAAGUCUUAUGAUAAGCCAGCUGCUGAGGAAGAGGAUGAAGGCAUGGAGACAUUGGAAGAGGACACAGAAGAAAGCUCAAGAUCAGGAAGAGAGUCUGUUUCUACGGCCAGUGACGUGGCCACCCUCAGUGGGCCUGCAUCCAUUGACAAACAGAUGAAUGGCAGUCGAGUCAAAGAUGAUAAGAGAAAAGAAAAAGACAAAGCUGGAAAAGAAAAGAAGAAACAAGAAAGAGACAAAGAAAAGGACAAGAAUAAGACAAAGAAAGGAGGAAUGCUCAAAGGUCUUGGGGACAUGUUCAGGUUUGGUAAAUACCGCAAAGAUGAGAGAUUUGUAGACAAGGUGGAACGAAAAGGAUCCAGUAAGGCAAAGAAUGAAGAGACUCUAACUUCUGAGGAGGACAGGAUUCGAAUGAAGUUGGAACAGGAACGCAUCCAAGCGAAAACAAGAGAAAUCCGAGAGAGACAAGCCCGGGAGCGAGAUUAUGCCGAAAUCCAGGACAUCAAUAGAACCUUUGGGUCAGAUGAUGACCCAACAUAUGCUGGCAUUGGGUCUUUUGAAUCCUCGCUGGACAGCGGCCAAAGCAUGUCUGUACAUAGUCGGCUGCCGAGCACCCAAGAAGACAACCAGCCAGUGGAAGCCGUGUAUGCACAAGUAAACAAACCUCGAAAUGGGCGUCCUACUUCUACUGACAGCAGCAGGCUUGCUCCCAGCAACCACGACCGGAUACAGCGGUUGCGUCAGGAGUUCCAGCAAGCCAAGCAGGAUGAUGAUGUGGAAGAACGCAGACGCACCUACAGUUUUGAGCAGCCAUGGGAGCAGAUCUGAAAUAUCAGGAAAAGGCAUCCGAGAGACAGUGAUAACAACUACAAUGUCUGUGCAAGAAUACUUCGCAGCUGUGGAUUUACUGGUGGAAUGAUUAGACAUUCAGGGAUUUUUUUUUUUAAUGCUAUGGCAAAGAUGAGCUCACUUUUUCAUCCAAAAACCUGGUGCCAUUUUUGCAGAUUAGUAUUUUGGUAUCAAUUUAUUAAUACAUUGAAUUGGUAUUUUCCGUCAAGCAUUCAGUAUUUACGCAUGUGCAAUUGCUUUUGGUGAUUUUUUUUUGGUAGUUGGCAUAGUUGCAUCUCCCUCUGACUGUUGGCUGCUUUAUUCUUUCGCUGAUUUUAUUUGCCCAUUGGCACGUAUUAGAGGGUCUGCGCAUGUGCAUAUUUUCUGAGUCUGAGUAGAUUGGAGAACACAGCAGUUUGUAUUUUUAUGGAAGGGAUUAGGUUUGAACUUGGUUACUGUAUCGACGUGUCUCUCUCUCUCUCUAUCUUCCACUCUUACCUCUUUCUAUGAUGCUGUGUGACAUGACGUGCCACCAUCUUGAUAUUUAAGUGCUUGUUUCAAUUUACAAGCACGCUGUCCUCUCCUGUUUUGUACUUUAGCUUCUGUGCAUGCAAAGGGCUUUGGGAAAGAAGUUACUCUUUAUCCCUUUUCCUUCCCAAGCACGUAGCAUGUUACCUUUUCUAAUGAAGAAACGGAAUCACCGCAAACCAUAUGUCCUUCAAGACAGAAAACAAGCCAAAUGUGUCCUGACAGAGAAAUCCUAUGGAUGGUUUCAUUUCCACAUUGAAGAAUGUCACAUUUAACAAUAAUUCUUUUACUAGAACCUUGUAUUACACAUCAAUAAGAAAUUUGUUCCCAAGCUCGUGGACCAUUAAAAAGUUCUUCCCUGCAUCAAGAACUGUUGUUUAGAAUAAAUAAGAACAUUUCAUUUUGCUUUGAGUUUUUGAUUACAAACCAUUGUCAAUAAUAUAUUGCUCAGUGCUGCCUCAUCAUGGAGUAUGGAUUUGGUGCUUCAUCAUUUGGUGUUAUUAACAAGGCUGCUUUUGUCAGACAGUUGCCAAUGUACUCCAUUGAGAGCUUAGUAGCUGACUGUAUUUGGGUUGAAAAUCCCUGUAAGCUGAAUUUUAAAGAAGACUAUGCUUUACAGCACAUGCUGGGUGGUGCUUUUCUUCUCCAUAGUGGUUACAUGUCAGCUCUCAAAGUCUCACAAGACAGAAAUUGUACAGCUGAACAUGGGAAGAAAUUUCUGAAAUGUGAAGGCAUAUCACAACAUUGCUGUUUUGGAUUGCAAAAUGACCUUUAUCAAUGAAGCAGUACACAACGAGCCUUUUCUUGAAGUGGAAGGCAAAGGAAAAGGGAACAAGUUGGAGCUUACUUCAUGCACUACAGAUGUACAGACUUUAUGAUUACUGUGUAUCUGCAUAUAUCUACCAUGGACCCAUGCAUUAAUCACCUCUAGCAUCACUGUUCCUUGAUGUUUCCUUCUCUGGACAAUGACAUUACUAUGAAAUCAUGUUGCUGGGACAAGCUGCCCUGUGGCUCUUUGGCUAAGUGCCCAUAAUAAAAGAUUUGUUUAGGACCAACUGGUUUAUGUGAAAAAUGUGCAAAAUAUCUCCAUGUUCAAUGGUAGAUUUUAAAGUAUGAAUAAUUUUACACUUUUCAUUGCAACACAGCUUCUCUCUAUGACAGCUAAUGACAACGUGCACCUUCAUAUUAUGUUUUAAUGGAACUGUCCUCAAAUCCUUGGAUUUGCAUGAGAUAUCUUUUUUAAAAUGAAUGUAACUAAGCACUCACCAGCUGGCACCCCCAUUCUCCUCCUAGAAACUUUAAUCUGAAAAGCAAACUGUUCUUGUUUUCCUAUCGUCAAGGCAAGACUGAAGGAGGUGCUUAUGCUGACUUUGGAUAGGAGUGACAAUGACCUGUGGAAAACCACUUGCAUUCAUUUUUUAUGUUAAAAAUCGUGUUCUUCACUUCUUCAUUUUGAGUACAGCAUAUUGACCUUAAACAUUCUGCCUUGUAUUUGUAAUAGUAAGUUAACCUAGAUUAAGGUUUUGUAAUUUGUAUCAAAAGCAGAAUAAGGACUUUGUGUUUAGAAGUGUCAGAUUCAUUGAAUGCUCUUGUUUGAAUGUGCCCUGCAAAGGGCUGGUACCCUUUCCACCUCCGGGUGCCACUUGUGCCUGGUGCUGUUAGAAAAUGAGUGAAUGAAUUUAUGGAUGGAUUCAUAAAACUUUUGCACUUUCAUAUGGGGAAACAGCAGUGCAAGGCCUAUCAAGUGGAAAAUACAUUUUUUUUGUUGAUGCUUAAUAAUGUCAGUAUUUUACUUUGCACCAUGUUUUAAAGUAUUGCCGUUUAUUGUUUAGUAAAUGGUUUUCAUUGAAAAUGUUUUACAUAAUUCCAGCUUAUUCACAGACAUGACAGUUUGCAUUUUGAAGAGUUAAUAAAUGUUUGACUGUGUGUCGU